AUGGAGUCUUCAUGUUUAUUUCAGGAAGCCAACCAGGCAAGCUUAGUGUCCAUGAUUUGCACUUGCAAAUGCAACCCUGUUAGUGGUGUUGGGUGUAUUGCUAGCAUGUCAUACGAUAAUGAACGAUGGUACUGCACCAGCACCGUACCCUUCUCUGAUCUAGAGGAACCUGGAACUAUCAAUGGAGAUCUUUGUGAGUGCUCUUGCUAUCUCAUCCUCUGUGAUGGCUACACCUUGUGUUUAGUUCAAGGGAACAAAUAG